AUCCGCACCCUGCGUUCCCCAGCCAAUCCAUCCUCGCCUCGUCCCACUCCCGCACCAGCCACCGCCCAAACCCUAGCCCCCUUUCCCCUCGAUCCCCACAACCUCUCCCGCCUCUAUCCCUCCUCCUCGCGUCACCACGGCCUCCGCCCCGGAGCCUCGCCGCCGCCUGAUAAUACUCCUCCACCAUGCUAGCCCCUCCACCUCACCUUCCUUCUUUUUGUUAUCUGCGCCCGUCAUCGAUGCCUGGUUCCAGAUCGGGCGCGGGUUAGACGAGGUCGAUGGUGGGGUGAAUGGGCAGGCGGGGGACGAGGGCAGGCAACAGUCGGCCCGUCGCGAUGUGGUGAAGCUACAGGGAAGAGGGAGGAGGUCGGCGACAGGGUGAAGGAGCAAGCCGGUCCCCAUGGAGGCAGCGCUACCAGCCAGCUAGGGAGGCGGUCCGGCUCGCCUCUGCUAUGCCGUGAGCGGCGGCGCUACCUCUGCCUCCAGCCUCACCUCCUCUGCCAACCAUGGGAAAAUUUUGGGGAGACCCAAGGUGAGCUUCCCCUCCGUUGCAUGACCCAAGAAUAAUAAUUCAAGUGGAUGGCCUAUGCGUCUUGUUGUUUAGCGGUAUGAUGGUCGGUGAAAGUAUGUUCUAUAUAUAUUGCAAGGAUCAUAAGAUGCUUUUAAACAUGAUUGUGUGAUGCUCAGAGACAUUUUGCACAGUAGAAACUUCUUGUGAAGCUUGAUUUUAUUCAGAGCCAUAUGAUUUUUUUAUAGAAACAUGAGCAGAGUAAAAUGGACACAGCUUCUGGUACAUCUGAGGACAGUGUGAUUUCUUUUCUUAGAAUGUUGUCAUCUAUAUCUUGCUGAAGUACAGAACUAUUGCACCGACGACCACAAUGGGAUGGAUCAAGCAGCCAAGACUCAGUGGUCGACAGUGCGACUCUUCCAGCACUGAAGUUAUGUCUUUUGGGCCAAUUUCAAUUGCCUCACUACCUCUACACAUGGAUCCUGUUGUGGUUGAAAACACUUGGCUUACAAAAUCAAGUAAAAUCGACAAGAUGGAAGGCCGGGUUCCAUUCAGAGAUAUUACAAAUGUUCACCCAACAACUUCACCAAAAAGGAACUACUCUGUCGUUGGAGAGCAGAAUGAUCCUUUAGUUGAAACCAGAAAUGCUACGCAAAUGAAUUCUUCCCAGCGUAAGCGUUACCGUGACCGGGAUAGAUACUUGCAAAUGACUCCAUAUCAAAGGGAAGCCUAUUUGCAAAGGAAUCGUGAGUACAAAAGAAUGAGGCGUGAGUGCAGCGCAAGUUGUAGCAAUACACAACCAGCACCCCAGCAGAAAAAUACAAGAGCUAAUAAGAACAUAUGCAUGACAGGAAAGGAAGUCGUGGCCAGUUCAAACUAUGAGAAGCAUGAUUCGGUAUUUACUCAACUGGGGUCUUCAUCAAAAGGAAAACAAGCGGCGGAUGUUGGUGGUUCUGGCACAAGUCGUCCAAAAGCUGGAACUCGAUUCACCAUCAGUCCAUCUGGCAUAUAUUUAUCAUCAAUAUCCUUGGAAGAUCAAGCUGCAAAAUAUGAAUUGAAAAAUGUACGUCAGCGUAAGCGACAUCAUUGCGUCAACAUGCACUCAGAACUGUCACAUGAUCAAGAAGAAACACACGUACAAGAGAUUUGUGGCCAUAAUAAAAGACAGAGGCCAGAAAAAGAAAGUUGUAGUACUGCACGGGAUCGUGGCAGAGAGACCAACAACUUGCAUGAAGACCUCAUUUAUGUGCCCCAGGAUUCUUUUCCUGCCAUUCAUGAAUAUCUGGCAAAUACUGAAGACUCCAUUGAGUACGAUGAUGUGGAUGACGAGAGUCUAAUGUAUAAUAGACCAUGUCUUGACUUUGAAUCAUAUCAAGAGCCAAAGCAUGUCACAAAAUGCAUACAAGCAGAUCCAUAUGAUCAUAUAUAUCAUAAAUUGCCCCGUGGCUAUCAUUUUCUAGAGCGAGUGCCCAACUGUAGACAUUGCAAUGCGAAAAGGUUCCAAUAUGAGACACCAACAUUUUGUUGCAUGAAUGGAAAAGUAAAGAUAGUAACCCCAGUGGUUCCUGAUGAAUUGCGUCAGUUGUACAUGAGCCAGGAUCCAAAUGCAAAAUACUUCCAAGAUCAUAUACGGUGCUUCAAUUCUCAUUUCUCUUUUACCUCUCUUGGUGUGAUCCUGGACCGAAGAUUCUGCAAUAGGAGGUCUGGAGUAUACACCUUUCGCGCACAGGGCCAAAUUUAUCACCGUAUUGACCAGUUGGUUCCAAAAGAAGAUGGCCCCAAGCAUUUACAGUUAUACUUCUAUGACACGGAUGCAGAUUUGCAACAAAGAUUUCUUCACUCGCCAAACCUUGACCAAACUCUGAUCCGGAAGUUGGUGAAUAUACUUUCAAGUAAUCCUUAUGCACAAAUAUUUAGAAACCUUGGUUCUAUUCCAAACCUUGAUGAAUAUAAUAUUGAGCUUAACACAAAUAUUGCCUUAGAUCAAAGAGUAUAUAAUGCUCCGACAACAUCACAAGUAGCAGCAAUUUGGGUCGAGGGAAAUAAUCCUCGAAGUUAUUUUGACAGGAGUAUCAUGGUUUACGGUAAAUCGGAUAAACCACAAUACAUAAAAGCAUACCAUGGUUGCUAUGAUCCAUUGUCGUAUCCACUUUUUUUCCUGAAUGGGGAAGUUGGAUGGAACCUGAAUUUACCAAAAGUUGCUCCCCAUGGUAAGAGGAAGAGAAAUGAUCAAGCAAAUGCUCUCAGUGAAGAAGGAGUGGAAAAGAGCUCUGGUUCUUGUGUAUCACCAAGGGAAUAUUAUUGUUAUAAGUUACAAAUCUGAGAUGGCGAGUUCAACGUCUUACUAUUUGGAAAGAGAUUAACUCAACAGUAUAUUGUUGAUAUGUACAUCAAGAUUGAAUCAAUAAGGUUGGCUUUCUAUUUACAACCGUCAACUCAGGUUCUCAUACGUGCAGAUUUAUAUCAAGGAUUGGUUGAUAGUGUUGUAGCCGGUGAGACACGUGCAUGCAUGACUGGAAAGCGUAUUGUGCUCCCCUCGAAAUUUAUUGGAGGACCAAGAGACAUGCGUCGAAGGUAUCUAGAUGCAAUGGCAUUGGUCCAAAGGUUUGGAAAGCCAGACUUAUUCAUUACAAUGACUUGCAACCCGCAAUGGGAAGAGAUAACUAGAGAGCUGGAACCAGGUCAAUCGCCACAAGAUCGUCCAGAUUUGGUAGCAUGGGUCUUCAAGGCAAAGUUGGAGGAUCUUAAAGAUCUUUUAUUCAAGAGGAAAUUAUUUGGUGAAGUUGUUGCACAUGUUCAUGUAAUAGAAUUUUAGAAGAGAGGCCUACCGCAUGCACACUUCUUAAUUAUUUUGAAGUCAACUUGCAAGAUUACUAAUCCAGAUCAAUAUGAUGAGAUAAUAUCAGCA